ACUACCUCCCUCGCUCACACGUUCAUCCUCUCUCACCUUCCUCUCUCCUGGACGUCAACCAGGUAACUGUCAAACCGAGUUACCUCUUAGUUUCAUUCGUGAGAAAGUGUUUAAGUGUUGCUAUUUUCAUGGCGGUAGUUCCAUGUGUAACAAAUGACGGAAACUGAGAAGUUUUCCUCUUAAAACGAGGAUCUGGGAAGUUAUAAACAUUAAAUCUAAUAUUUGAAUCAGUGAGAAAAUAGAGUUCUAUGAGAUAUUGACGCACAGACUGUGAAUAAGGGGAUAUUUACCAUUUACUGCAAAGACAACGAUCAGGCAACCGAGAGUUCAGGUUCGACCCUGCCACAUAGAACCAACAUGUUCAGCAUCCGGUACCAGAAGUUUGACAAUGAGAUGACCAUGUCCUCGUCUGAGCAGGCCUCAGGAGGGGUACCCACCUCGCCCACUGACUCCCUCGACCCCUCCCAGCUCAACUUCCAGCAGAAUGGCCACGUCUACGCCGCCUCCGACAGGAACACAAGUCAUCAGGAUGUCAUUCAGAUCGAUGAGAUUGGGGUCAUGAAGGAGAGCAAUCAAAGUGGGGAGGAAGGAGACACCAUAGGCAGCCCUACUGACGGAGAGGACGACGAACAGCAGCAGGUUUGGCAGCGAACAACCAAGUUUUUGGAAUAUGAUGCAGACGAGCAUGAGUUGGAGGUGGAGAUGGGUUUUGUGGACCCAUCUAAUCCACCCAUUCCAGGCUUCAAUCUUUAUUACAUGCAGUGGCGGACUCGAAGGUUUGUUGAACACUUUGUGAUCAGACUACUGACAGCCCUGCUGAUUUUUGUAGACAUGAUCCUUCUCUUUGUGGAUCUCUUCAACAACCCCAUCAAUAAUGAUCCCAUCGAAUACUGCUCCCUGGCCUUCUCUACGUACUUCAUGAUUGAGGUUAUAUUAAGGAUAUUUGGAUUAGGGCCACGAGUGUUCUUCAGGGCGUGGCACAAUGUCUUGGAUUGUUUCCUGGUUGUGUUUACCUUCAUCCUCUCUGUGGUGACUGUGUGUGUGGAGAACAUGGCCUCCAACCCUGCCAGUUUAAUUGUAGCUCUGCGACUUGUUCGCUUGGUGAGAAUAACCAGGAUUCUCUGGGAGCGACAGCACUUACAAACUGGUGCGCGACAGUUUGUCUCCCAAAACAAGAGACGUUAUCAACAGAAUGGCUUUGACCUUGACCUUACUUAUGUCACUCCCAGAGUCAUUGCAAUGUCAUUCCCAUCUACAGGAAAGAUGUCUAUGUACAGAAAUGAUAUUAAGGAAGUUGCCCGCUUUAUGGAUAAUCAACAUUCUGGUCAUUAUCGCCUCUACAACCUUUGCUCAGAACGGCAUUAUGAUGUAACGCUUUUCCAUAAUAGAGUUGAACGCUUCCUAAUUGACGACCACAAUGUUCCUCCACUUUCAGACAUGGUGAGAUUUAGUGCCAAUGUACGUGAAUGGAUGAAUAAAGACGAAAAAAACGUGAUAGCUGUCCACUGUAAAGGUGGCAAGGGGCGGACGGGUACUAUGAUAUGCGUCUUUCUCAUUGACCUUGGGAUAUUCCGUGAUGCGGAACAUUGCCUCGGUUACUUUGGGGAUCGGCGCACAGACAAAAAUGUGGCUUCCAAAUUCCAAGGAGUGGAAACACCCAGUCAGAGUCGGUAUGUUGGUUACUAUGAGCACGUGGUGCGAGCUGGUGGGCAGUUGCCUCCUGAGACACCAAUGGUCAUUACUAGAAUCACCUUACGUGGCAUGCAUUCUGUGGGUGCUGGUGAUGGCUCCGAGUUUUAUUUCACUGUGCAGAGUCGGGGCCACACCAUUCCUUUCCAAGCAAAUAUAGCCACUCAAAGGAAUUGCAAGGUGAUAGUAGAGAAGAUCAAUGCUCUAGUACACAUCCAGUUGGUCAAUGCCCCUGUAGUUCGAGGCGACACUAGAAUUAUGUUCUUCACUGAUAGUAGAAAGAUUCCACGAGGGUAUGAGAAAAGUCCGUUCUUCUUUUGGUUCCACACUGGCUUCAUCAACAGUGGCAGACUUGAUUUGAAUCGACUGGAGUUGGACAACCCACACAAAAGCAAAACCUGGCAUGUGUUUCAAGAGGACUUUGGAGUCACUGUUGAAUUGGAGCUUGAUCACAUGACAAAAGCCUACUGAGAGUCUCUACUUACAUGGUACAGUACUAGUAUCACACCCAUUUUUUAGUUAGAUCUGACAUAAUAACAAACCAGAAUUGGAGACUGACUUUGAGAUUUGGGACUUAAACAUAAAAAAAAAAUUCUACUCAAGAAAUUUAUCAAAGCCAUGACCUUUGAAAUAUGCAUUUUGAAUAAAAUAAAAACUAGAAAGUAAAUUAAUGAAUAGUCAAAAUACAUUCAUGAAAAGGUAUGCUGAUACUGUACUAGGGUUUUGCUGCAUUUAAUGUAUACCUGUAUAUCAUUUGAUUUAUGUUUACGAUGGACUGGAACAAAAAUUUUAAAUUUAAGUUUGUAAUGGUCGUGGACUUGAAUCAUUGGAAAGUCAAAUUCUGGGCUUGAUAUUGUUUUGCUGUACACUCUGAAGUGUAGUGAGGUAACAUUCUCAGUUAUGUAGAUUGUCUCACUAUGUUGUCUAAAUGUCUUAUAGAAAAAAUAUUGUGUAAUUUACUACAGGUAUGUUUUUCUGCAACCCAAAACCUUGGUAUAUGCACAUACCAACAUUACAGUAGUACCCCAAUUUUGUGUUUUAGUACAGUAAUUGUGAUGUGAUAUGAAAGGGUAUUGGUUUAUUGACACCGUGUCCUCAUUCUGGCAGUUUACAGGUUAGUAAAUUUCUUCUCUGAUGUAUUAUGAGCCUGGCAAGAUUAUAGCCAACAUCCUAAUUGUAUAUAUAUUGUACUGUAUACUGGUCAGCAGUCAUUACUCUGCCUGCAUGAAAAAUGGCUAUAACGUGAUGAUGAUGAUGGUAGUGUCAGCACCAGGUUAAUCACAUUUUUAUGAAGUAACCUUAAUAAUAAUGUGAAUAUUGUACAGACAGAUCUUGAUGCCUUAAGAGGUAUUUCAUAAAAAAAAAUGUGAUAAACCUUCAUUUUGUAUGCCCAUUUGCUUCUACAAUACUACAAUACAUAACAAUAUAUGAUUUGUUUGCUAUUUCUCAGGGUUUUUUUUUUCAAUUUAAUAGAAACUAGGUCAAUUGUAACUCAUUACACACACACACACGAGAUAUCAUAGGGAACUCACCCCUGGAUCCAGACCUGGAACCUAACCUAUCCUACCUGUAAUUUAGCCAUAUCUACCUUAAACUACUGGUAACCUAACAAAACCCAAACAACACCUAACCUAAGCUACCCUUAACUUAUCUGUAACACAAUUUAAUGAACCCUUAACCUACCUAUAAUACUAGCUAACUUAAACUACCCUUAACCUAUCCAUAACAUCAGCUAACUUAGCUGCCCAUAACCUACCUUUAACAUAUCCUGAUUUAAGGUACCCUUAACAUACCUGUAACAUGAGUUAAUCUAACCAAAUCUGUAGGUUUAGUAUGAAAAUUUGGUUCUGGGUUCAGGUCUGACUAUUAAUUUACCCAUAUCAAAACACAAAAUAAUUUAGUAAAGUAUUUGAGAUUAUUGCUGCUCUUAUCAACAGGAAUUAAUUUAAAGAAUUUAACCAAUGUAUUAGUGAUGAGAAAUCAUUGAGUUGAGAUUAAAAAAUUCAUUCAUCAGAUUAACCUUUUGUUUUAUUAAUGUUAUGACUUCAGUGGAUAUCAUCAUCCAUAACUGUAAAUAACUUGUAAUAGACAUCUUUCCUGCAGCUUCUGGAGAUAAUGAAUGUGAGGACAAAGUACUGUAAGUUUCUAAACAUUUUACAAAGUUUUGCAUCUGAUUUAAAUCACUGUGCUCAAUAUAAGUCUUUAUAACCUUUUUAAAAAAAAAACUUAGGCCAUCAGAUGAUCCUGUCCAUUAUUGCAAGUCAUCUCACAGUAUUACAUAAGAUAUAUUCCAGAAUAAGUGACUUCUGUUUUUUCCAUCAGUAGUUAGAUUUUUUUAAAACAUGAAAGACUUGAAAAGUGCCCACGACAAGUACAUUGAAGACUAAAUAGAACAAAAUUAGGUAAGGCUGCAAUCAACAGUUAGGAUUGAGAUGUAAAAAAAGCUCCAGCAGUGUUGUCAAGUUGUAAAAUUUAUAACAUUUGUUGUAAGGUUCUUGUAAAAAUCAGCUGUAGUACUGUAGUGAUUUUAUGAAAAUAAAUUAGCUGCUGUAAAACAGUGGUCUUAAGAUAUUGCUUUAGAACAAAAGAGUUACUGUAUAACAGUGUGUGCAAGGUUGUGCAUAUUAUGUCAGGGUUGGUAAAUAUACUCUGUUCACUUAAGGUAGACAUCUGGGGGCGAACAAAAGGACGUUCAGAAUUGGCAGACACAACCGGGAUAAAAUGGGGGUGGCGAGUGUUGAGAGGUAGGUGUCAAUUUGGUUACCUACCAUUUAUCGACCACUCGCCACUAGUGAACCAUUGUCUCGGGCACAGAGCUCGACUAUCUUUCGCAACCCUUGUCCUCUCGCUAUCUCUAAAUUCCUUGGGGUUUCUUACAGUGGUAUGUUUAAUAUACAUUGUAAUAUUAGUACAUACAGGAUUUAGAAACCAAUAUUUCAGGUACAAAUCAUCAUUAAUUUAUUAACAAGCCUUAAUUUAUAAGGCUAGUGGAUGCAAUAAAUUUUCAUAUAUACCCUGUCCUGAGUAUUAAGUGAAAUCACAAAGAGCUGAAGAUUUACCAAGUUCCCCAGGCAUUAUUGUAUCACCCAUUCAGUAGCUUUCUUCACAAUGUCUCAAGGCUCCAGAUGUCUAGGUUAAGUGAACAGAAUAUACAGGGUAGUAGUGACACUGUAGUAGAAUGUAAAAAAAAAAUAAGUGAAUCUUACUCCCUGAAUGUCAAUGAAAAUAAAAGAAUUGUUAUUGAUAAAAAGAGUUUUAAAUGGAUAAAAAUAUUGAUUUCAGUAACUGUAAUAUUACCCUGGUCAACAUGGACCAGCUUAUCUCCUACCAGCCAUAGAUCUUAUAUUGGAUAUAUAGGAAAAUGACCUGUUUCAUAUAAAACCAUAUAAAGUACCAAGUAAUUACAGUAAACUGUAUGCAGUAAUUAUAAAAUUCCAUACUUUUCCAUUUUGUUUGUGCAUACAUAUAUUUCUUUUUUGUAAUUGGUAAUUUUUUACAGGGUAGAAGGAAUAAUACCAACACCCCUGUCAUGUCCUCCUGCAUUCACAGCAGGUAACAGUGAGUCGUGCUUACAUGCCUCAGUUACCAACUGUUUCAUCUCCCUUAAGAAUCAGAUGUUCCACAUACUGACUACCUUAAAUCUGAUGUCUCACUAUCUCAAACCCCAGAACAAUCUGAAGUUUAUAAAUGAUGUUUCAAUUAGACUACAAAUAUUUCAGUACCCGACACGAGUCAAAUGUUUCCCUUACUAUUUCAACGUCCCCCAUAGUCAGGCAUUGAGUUACUACCUCAAUAAUCCCAUAAGUCAUGUUUGUCAGUUACCAUUUCAACUCUCAGGAGUCAGGUAUUUGUCACAAAUUCAGUACCCUCAAGUUAGGCGUUUCAAUUGCUAACUUAACACCUUCAAAUUAGGGAAAAUCUCAACAUCAUCGAGAGUUAGUUGUUUCAGAUACUAUCUGAGUAUCCUCGAGUCGGUUAUUUCAUAACUGUGUCUCGCUUUCAAGUCAGACGUUUCAGUUCCUGUCAUGAUACCUCCAAUGAGUGAAUUCGUAUGGAAACAAAGUUGUGCUACUUUACUGAACUAAGCACCAUUGGUCAAUUUCCUAUCUGUGUCUAAGAUAUUGGUUCACUUAAAUUUUAAAAGCUGUAUACACAUACAUACAUACAUAUGUACAUAUGUAUGUAUGUACGUACAGUCCCUGAUUUACAAAAAAAUUCUGUCCUUGAAAACCUUUUUGGAAAUUGGAUCCCAUUUUCCCCAGAUUCCCAUCGUAAAAGCUGAGAUACGUUAAAAACACCACCUUCUCCAAAAUGUCUAAAAAGGUUAAAAAACAUGUUUCUAAUGAAAUUUUUUUUAUGUACAGUCCUCCCAAGAAAGUAUUGCUAGAUUUUAUGUUGCUACAUCAUUGUAAGUUGGUACACCUGCUCGCCAUAUCAACAACAGCUAGAGAUGGGGGUAGAAUUGGGGGAGGGAGUUAUCCUUGUAUGGCAUACUAAAUACUUCAAUAUAACAAGAAAUCCAUUAAGCUAUAUCAAUGUAUGUAUCGUGCUGGGUAGUAGCAAGGCAUAUGUAAACAAGCCACUGGCUGAUGAUUACAAUAACACUGAAAUAUACAUUAAAUGGAAAUGUUUUGGAACAUCAUAACUGAGACUGAGACAGACCUCGAAUUGGACAUUUCACAAUUAUGUCGUUGUACCAAUGGAGUUUCACAAUACAGUAUACCUAUUUGUGUUGUUCACAAAAUGUCUGACUUAUGAAGAGUGACUAAGCAAAUAGUACUUGAUAUUAGAGUGAAAAGCUACAGCAAUAUACAGUACAAUAUAUUGUUCUACAUGGGAUAUGCCAUGUUACUAAUAUGUAAAUUGCAUUGGUUUAACACCAAAAUAGAGUUUCAAAUUUAGGGAUUUGCAGGCAACAGAACCCCCCCAUCCACCAACACCAAGACUUUCGUGGUUAUAAGUUUCAGUGUGGCACCAGUUGUUUCAUGGCGCAUAACCCAUCGUGAUACUGUGGGUUUGCUCACCCCCGUUUGCCGUGCUAUAUCAGUAUUAUGUAUACCCUUGCAGUAAAGGGCAAUGAUAGCUCCUCUAACAUACUGCGAUGUCUCUUCAAUAAUUCCUCGUUUAUGAUCUUAAGCCUAGGAGGAUUCACAUCGUUAGAAAAUGUAUACUGUAUACUCAUUCAUGCUCAAAGGUCGCAGAUGAAGAACUACCAACUGUUCAGAUAUUGGUUAAGCGACAUUGCUUGGAAAGCCUCGAAUCCCAUCCACCCCAUGGCUUACAAUACUCUUUUGGGGGACUGUAUAGUAUUGCAAUUGGGUUUGUUUUUUCACAUUGCUUUCAUAAAAAAGAUAUACAAAUUGUACAUGACAACCUUCUAGAUUAGUGGAGAUCUGUCAGUUCACAAAUAGCCAGGAGGAAAAUACACACACAGUCUCAAGAAAUCCUCAAUACCACAAUGUUCAUACGGUAAUUCCUUUAUGGAUUCUUACAUAUAUUACAUGCUAACUCUAUUCAUGUCAUAAGUGGUAAAAAUGUGUAUACGUUCAAUAUAUGGUGUUGAUGGUAGGGUGUGGUGGGUGGCUCAGGUGGUCAGUUAUGAAAGACCAUGUGAGGAUGACCAUGCAUAUACCGUACAGUACCUCUCAAUUGUAUUAUAUAUAAUAUUUAAAAAAUAUUUUUAUGUAGUGUAUUUCAUAUUUUUUAUUGAUUUAUAAGUACAGUACAGGUAUUUCUGUAUGAAAAAUAAACUCAAGUACCCUCAAACUUCCUUGCUAACAAUACAUCCCCAUAAACCAUAAUCCAUUGUUCCUUAUGGGAAAAUUUCACAAUUUCACACAUUGCAAAGGUUUUCAGGAAUGUAACCCUAGCUAUAAUUUUUUACAAUUGGGUCAAAAGUUUGUUCCCUCCCAAAAUGAAGCAGCAUUGACCCCAAACAAGAUACAGGUCUCCCCUAUUUAGGAUCAUACUUUUUACGCGGAAUGUAAACACGGGAAGCGAAUAUUUCUUUUCACUUAUCAAAUCCAGGAUAGUGGAUAUGCGCAGAAACUGCUUUUCCGAUAUCUGCGCAGUUCACCUACCUGCACGCCGCCUCACGGCUGCUAUACGAACUGCAAUCCUACGCUUUGUUUCAAUGUGAUCGCAUCUGCCCUUGCUCAUGUAACAAAUGUUAUUAUUAAUCGUUGCACAACUAUGUGAUUGCUGAUACUUUGUUGUUACUGGUUAGAGUAAAACAUUAUCAUUCACAUUUUGCUCUGUUUUGGUGACUGAAGUGAUCAAUGUACAGUAACUCUGUAACUUUGAAAAUGGCUCGCAAGCAUCCUGCUGACUAUCCCGCCUCUGGGAAAGGCAAAGUCUUCGAGGAAUACUGUGGCUCUGGAGAUGAAGUUGAACAUUAUUAAGCAGUAGGCUUGUUAUUAUUAAUGUGUUGAAUGUUGUUUAUUUUUUACUUGUAUUUAAUUAGUGUACUAUCCAUUUUUUUGUGUUACAUGUCUGUAUCGGACAGGCCAGGACCAUAUCCCAUUGAAACCCAUGUUAAAAGGAACCUGAUUUACAUUAAGGUUUUCAGGAACGCAACCCUACGUAAUUAGGGGGACACCUGUAAAACAACACAACCGCACCAGAUAACAGUCAAGGUAGUUAAGUUCGGAGACUCAUUCUUGCGAACAAUUGUCCUUGACUGUAAAUAACGUAUGUACAAUAGCCUUGGGUUAUUUCAUGACUUUUUAUUUAUAUAUAUUUUUUUUCACGGUUACUUAAAUUACAGGGCAUUUAUUCACACACACUCGCAUUAUAUACUCUUCAUUAUUGUCAAUAUAGAUGAAUAUUGUUCAUGAUUUCCCUGUACUGUAUCUGUUAUGUGUGCCAGUAUUGUCUAAUUAUUUGUAAGAUUGCCAAUGUUAUUGAAAGGUGGUCGCAGUGUUGUAAUGGGCACUUGUAUUAUUAUUUUAACUGAAACAACUGUUCACUACUACCAGAGGUAUAUCCAUUGGUGUGUGAAGUUAUUAAUAGUAAAUUAAGAUAUGAACUGUUCCAACUGGGACCUCACUCACAUAUCACUUCAGGUCUUGGGGUGGUUGGGAGCCCUUCAAUGUAAGGUCACGUGAGAUUACUGUAGAGGAAUAUGUGACCUCCCAUCAUGUAAAGAAUAGAAAAUCAGGCUCAUUAGCACAGUAUAGGUACUUUAAAAAAAAUAUUUCUUAUGCUUUAUAAUGUAUUUUAAUAUGUGAAAUAUGAAUUAAUUGUUACCAUGACUUUUUGAGUUAAGAACCUCACAAGAGAGACCAUGCAGCAUGAAGAGCUGCCAUCAUGUAAUUGUGGUUCGCACAUGCAACUCUGGAAAAGACCAUAAAAUGAUGAUGAUGAUCAUAUGUACAGUAGUGAACAAGAGUUCGUUCCCUGUAGUAAAACUGAGUCACGGCAAGAGUCUCCGAACUUACUUACCCUGAUUGUCAUCUGGUGCGGGUGUGCUGUUUUAUCUCAUUUGGGGUUGAUAGUGUUUGAUAAUGGGAGGGAGCGAACUUUUGAUCUCGACUGUACAUUCCCCAGCAUAAAUUCGUUUCAACCCUAUAUGCAUGAUGUGAGCCAGGUGAUCUGGUAACACUGUAUGGGGAAGAGUCAGAUUUGUUGUUAAUGACUAGUUAAGUUGUAUUAUUACAGAUUGCCUCAGAAUCAUUUGUUGAAUGUAAUUAAUUGGCAUCAGAUGUACAAAACACAGCAAAAAAAAAAAGUUACUGA